AUGCAGUUUUGGUUUUCCCAUCUUGUAAUGUGUGGUACAUAACCAUCUUCCGCUCACACUCUUUUUUUAGCAUUUGGUGUAACUGACGAAACCUCUUGUAUAUUUGGGAAACCUUUUAUGAUUGAAAUGAGCUUCUGUUGUUUUCUUAUGCAGGAUGGUACAGUCAUGAAUGUGGUAUUCACUAGUUUGGUGUUGAUUCUGCUCUUCCAUCCAGGUAGUCUCGACUCCUGGGGAGUAAACUAUGCCACGCAAAGCAAAUGUGCCCCUCUGGGUUCAACAGUAGACAUUGGAUGCUCCUACACAUAUCCCAGUUAUUACACAAUCAAAAGCACAAUUUGGAAGAGAAAUUACAUAUCACUGUAUUUUAACGAAUAUAGUCGUUCAAUAUAUCUGGGUGACAAAUAUAAGAACUGUACCCUGAUGAUAAAAGAUCUGAGAUACAGAGAUACAGGAGAAUAUAAAUUCAGAUUUGAAACAUAUUCAACUGGAUGGACUGCUCAAUCAGCCUUCAAACUGUACGUCACAGCUCUGCUGGUAGAGAUGAGUCCAGCCACAGUGACAGAGGGUCAGAGUGUGACUCUAACCUGCAGCACCACCUGCCCUCUGAGCACCAACACCACCUACACCUGGUACCAGAACACACAGCUUGUUACUAGGCAACACACGACAGACAACAAGCUGAUCCUCAACCCAGUCAGCAGUGGAGACUCAGGCACUUACUCCUGUGCAGUUAAAGGACACGAGACUCGUCCCUCACCUGACGUGACCCUCAGUGUCCAGUAUGGCCCAAGGAAUAUAUCAACAUCAGACAGUUCCUCUGGUUACAGAGUGGAGGGUGAUUCAGUGACUCUGAUCUGCAGCAGUGAUGCCAACCCACCAGUGCACAACUACACCUGGUACAGGAGGAGUGGAGACAAAACUGCACAGGUGGCAACAGGACAGAAGUACAGCAUCACCAACCUCAGCUCUCAGACCAGCGGACGGUACUACUGCCAGGCAGAGAAUGAGGUUGGGGACAAGAAUUCUUCUGAUCUUCUGGUGAACAUUUAUUAUGCCCCAAGGAACACCUCAGCAACGGUCACUCCCUCUGGUAACACAGUUGAGGGCAGUUCAGUGACUCUGACCUGCAGCAGUGAUGCCAGCCCACCUGUGUCUACCUACACCUGGUACAAGAGCAGUGGAACUGAAACCAUUCUCAGAGGCCCUGGGCCACAUCUGAACCUCACUUUGGCCUCUGGUGAUGGUGUAGUUUACCACUGUGAGGCACUCAAUGAAGUGGGCUCCCAGAACUCGACCGUGGUAGAGGUCAUUUUAAGAGGUGGUACCGCACAUCAGACUGUAUUCCCCCUCAUAGCAGUGGGAGUGGCACUGGUUGUGGCUCUUACUCUGGUGACUGGGAUUGUCUGUUGUAGAAAAAGGAAAAAGAAGGCAUCAACAGAGGUCACACAAAGGACAUCGGAUGACGGACAGAUGAGACUACUGAGAGAGGGCUUGCAAGACACUGAAGAGGGAGACUCCAUUCAUGUGUAUGAUGACAUCUCGGCAGCGGCCGGGACCUCUGACCAAGCGGUCUCAGGGGGAGACAGAGUGGACUCAGGGGAAAAUGAAGAUGACGUCCAGUAUGCCAGUGUCCAGUUCAAGGCCAAAAACAAGGACGCGGCGGUGCAGGACGCUACAGCCAUGCAGUCUCAGAAGGAUGAAGAGGAGGAGGAGGAGGAUGUUGAGUAUGCCUCAGUGAAGUUCUCCAGUCUCUCCAAUGCAGUCAAUACGUAAGUCGCAUGUACCUUCCCAGUACUCAUAUGGAAAGCACCAUUACUCCUCUAAAGGUCAUGUUCAUUGUCUAUGUAGAAUAUAAUAGUAUGUUUACACACAUGAUGACCCAUUUCUGGAAUUUAUGGAACUUUUAUUUGCUGCCAGUCUUGGCAAGGACUCUCUGGCAGAAAAGAUAUUGUAUCACAAUGGGAUCUUCCUGGGUAAAUAAUGGAUACAUUAAACAAAUCUAUUAAUUCUAUAAUCUUAUUUCAAAAUGGGAUACAAUUGCAAUGUUUUAAAUAUGUUUCGCCCGGUUGCCCUUGGCUUCCAAAUUGUUACAAGUGGCAACCAGAUUUGGUUAGCUUUGAAACCAAAAUCUCAUGCCUGGUUGCCAAGCUGGCAACCAAUUUUAACCACUUUUAAAAGUUAAUGUUGAGCCCUGAUGUAUAGCAAUUUGAAUUUCAGU